AUUGACUUGCCUGCAUUUGAAAGUUGUCCCUACUCGUUUUCUACCCCGAUUAUAAGAAACGGUUAGGUUUGCACCUUUUAUAAUUUCUUUUUCUGUCAAGCACGCAGGUAUGCCAUCUACUUCUUCAAUCUUGAUAUCCUCUUACGUUCUCUGUUGAGAGUUCACAUGCGCAUUUAGAUAUAUUAAUUCUACCUAGUGGCAUGAGUUUUUGAACAUCAUCUGACGAAGUUUAUCAAAAACCAUACUUGGUGAAGCUUCGGUUUGAGAAGGCAAGCGGUGCUUUUUUGUCUGUCUGUGUGGGAAACAUGGUAUGAAGUGAAAUAUUUCUUAGGCUAACAUGGAAAUAGAUACUUCUCGAACCAUGAUUGUCCCUGAAGUUCUCAAGGAAGGUAAUUAUGAAAGAUGGAGCAUUUUAAUGGAACACUAUUUAGUGGCUCAAGAUCUUUGGGAUGUUGUUCGAUCAAGCGAGAUGCUUGGAGGAGGAAAUAAGAGGGAGUGGAUGAAAAAAAAUGCUUUAGCUCUACAUGCCAUUGGGAUUUCUUGUGGAAGAGAAGCAUUUGAUCAAAUAAAAAAUAAACGCUCCGCCAAAGUUGCUUGGGAUGCGUUGGCUGCUAAGCUGAAGCCCCCAUCAGUUGUCGAAGAUGUUACUCCUGAUAUUUCUGAGCCCGACCAAGAAAGGCAAACAGCGUCAUUGGCAGGGCAACAAGAGAAGUUGCAGAAGUUAGUUUGCUGUGAGUCCAUUCCCGAGGUAAAGCGGUUCUUAGAUAGAAAUGAGGAUAUGAUAUCUCCGCAAAUGUUAGACUCUGCUCUUAGGCAUGCAAUUACUUGUGGCCGGAAGGAAAUGGCACGCUACCUCUAUAGGGAGAUUCCACUUGAUUUUCUACGGGGAGACUCCGGCUUCUUCCUCCUAGAGCACUGUAUAACCAAUGGAAUGUUUGGUAAAGAGUUCUACAAUUCUUCUUCUCCUUAAUUGCUAUUUUUUCCUUGUAUGCACCAUCAUUUGCAUUUCUAAUUUUUUAGUUCUUUCUAGAAAGUACCUUGAUUGUGUGUACAAGUCGUCCAAUUGCUAUGUGUAUUGAUUGUAAUUUGUAAGUGAAGCUACACGAGUGAAGGCGUUCGCCAUCAAACCAAGAAGUGCUCCAGCUGGUGUUGUUGGCUUCGUUCAAGAUAAGCUAAGGGAAUGGAUAUUACCGGUACUAUACAAAUUUCAUCUAGUAUGCGUGAUGAUUGGACUGCUAUGUUGGAUGCCUUGUUGGUUACCCGUGCCACUACCCGACCUGAUUCAAUUACUCAAAUGGUUUCCAGUUUUUAUAUUGUUACUUGGUAAGCAAUAACGUCUACUCUAUUUCAGUAGUUUUACUUUUUCUUAGCCAGCAGAUUCUGAAAACUUCUCCUCGAAACUUCUCCGUAAAAUUGUGAAUUUGAUUUGAGAUGAAUGAGACACAGGAGAGCAAAGAGAUCAACAUGAAUGAUUCAUUCUACAACAAAUAAGAUGUGUUUAU